AUGCAGAUCCUGACCUGCCCCUCCAAGUUGAAGCUGCUUGAGACUGUGCUGCAACGGCACCUGCCCCAGGCUCUUCCGGUAAUUCUCGCUCCUCUACUGCCGUCCCCUUUCCCCAUCAAUUUAACAAAUGGCAACAUGGAUUUUUGCUCUAGCUAACUGCCCCCCUUUCCUUGGCAGGCCAACGGAGCUGUGAUGCACAUCAACCGUAGAAAUCCAGCUCAGCACGAAGUGGUGGUGGACUCUUGGCCGGAGUUUAAAGUUGUCCUUACCCGCCCACGUAAGGAGGUGAGAAUUCUCCCAUAACCCGUCACCUGAACCUGUGAGAAAAAGCACAAGAGACGGUAGCUUCUGAGGCUGGAAAGCCAUUGGAGACGCACUCCAUGGUGGUGCUGGGCCUGUUCCUGCCUCCUUUGCCUUUCUCUUGCUCCUGCUCUCCAUCGUUAAUAAGAUCCAACCAACCCCCGCUACCUGCGUCCUGUUAAUAACGAAAUGACUGUGCCACGUUCUGCAGGUGGUGAAAGACAAGCAGGAUUGCUACUCCAACUUUCAUACUGCUUUCUACUGGGAUGUAGACGCCUGGCGAACACUGUUGGAAAAUGCAGAAGCCAUUGACUGGGGAAAGGCCUUUCAGCUUCAAGGUAAAGCUCCUCAUGCUCUACCUAUUCCAUUCCUGGAAUAGCAAAGCUAGUAUCCUGGUAAGGUGAUGAGACAUUGAGAGGUACCAAGGAAGUGGCUCUGUGUGAGAUGAUAAAUGGGUGGGUAGUUAUAAAAUGGGUGGGCAAAGGCUGAGUUGAGAGCUGUGACCAUGGGGGAAGCAAGUCCCUCUUGGGGUGUAAAUACUGCUCAGGUUGUGUACCGUAUUUUUGUCUCAUAGGACACACCUAGUUUUUUUGGGGGGGGGGGAAUAAAGGGGGAAAAAAUUCCCUUUAUUUCCCCCCCAAAACCAGGUCGGGGAAACCGAACCAGGUCGAGGAACAGCAGGAUGGCGGCGCUGCGCCUCCUUGCUGUCCCCCGAGUUUGUGGGGCUGGCCGAUGUCUGUCCGGUGUGCGGGGCGCUCUGCUUCAGGGCGCUCCUCGCGCCGGGUGGCAAGCUGCUAUCCGCAGCGUGGGGAGCCCUGCGGGAACUCCCGCAGGGCUGCCUAGGCUGCGGAUGCGUUCCUGAAGCCUGGAGAGGGAAAGGGGUCAGUGCGCACCGACCCCUCUCGCUCUCCAAGCUUCAGCGAAAGCCUGCAUUCGCCCCAUAGGACGCACCCAGAUUUCCCCUUCAUUUUUGGAGGGGAAAAAGUGCGUCCUAUAGGGCGAAAAAUACAGUAUAUGUGUAAAUAAACCACAUGCCACAGAGACACCACAGUCUCUGCUGUACCUCAUUCCAAAGGAAACACCAACCCUGGGCAAUACCAAGAGAGGUGCAGACACAGAGCAUUAGCAAAUAUAAUUCCUCACCCCCAGGUUGACAUCUCAUUUUCAUUGUGUGCAGGGCUCCAAGAUGGCUUAUAUGAAGCUGCCAGAGAGAUUGCAGAGUCCAGACGUGUCAAUCUUAAGCCAUACUUCUACCAGACAGUCCUGCAUCCUGACCCAUCUGCCUACUGUCAGAGCCGGUUAGUGAGUGCAUAUUAUUUGUGGAUGGAAAAUAACAACAGCAAAUAUUCAGUAUUCAUUGGACUGUUUUCUGUUCUGGAAAAGGGCUGACUAGCUGAACACCAGCAAUUUCUGCUUCUAUUUUCAUCGGAAUUCUCAAACAUUCCUCCUCAUAAUCAGUAAGCAGUGAAUUGUAACCCAACACAAAGUUCCACAUCUGAUUGCUAUGUCCUGGCUUAGUUCUGACCACAAAACAGGAGGAGAAAGUCACAGAGUCACUUCCUGAGCUUUCUCUUGCAACUUCCUGUUCAUUUGUUCCAGUUGAUGGUGAUGAAAUACUUUUUAAGCUUUCAGUCUGCUCAACCGCCAUCACUGUCGCGCAGCGGUAAAUUAAUCAUAGCAGAGUCUUCUUUAUAAACAGAAUAAAACUUUACUGAAGAAAAUAAACUUGUUCAGAAACAGCAUAGUUAAAGAGCAUACACAGAGUGCUCAUAGCAGCUAUCUGACUCUUCACAGAGGUCCUGGAGCCACUGUGUCUGCCUCAGCUUUACAUGGCAACAACAACAGCACUGUUCACAGACUACUCCAUACACAAUCCAUACAGCUCUCUGACUGAGGCCCAUAGAGAUGCUGGCUACUUUUACAGAGAGAAUGAGUCUUCACCCAAGAUGAGUCACGAGUCACAGUCACUUAGCAGUUUGCUGUUAGCAGGCUUAGGCUUGAAUGAUUGUGUAGGCCUUGUAGGCCUUACUGCUUCUUCUGCUCUCAAGAACCUUUGUCUCAUGAAAAUCACUGCCUCUCUUUGUAUUUCAGGUACAGAAGUGGUCCCUUCCACUUCGGCAGCCUAAACUCCUCUCAUUCAGCUCUGCUCAAUGAAAAUUGGAGUGUUGGAUGCAAUGAUUGGAGCCUACGCUAUCUGGACAGCCUGAUCCACAACUUCCCUAGUGCUUGCCUCCUGGACAAAGAAGGCCAGCUGGUUUCCUGGUGCCUUAGUGAUCCAAUGGGUUGUUUGACGCAUGGCUACACCCUCCCUCAGUACCGAGGACAAGGCUGUGUGGCAGCUGUGGCAAGGGCAACAGCUGUGAAGUUGCACGAAUAUGGGUUCCCCCUGUUUGGUGGGGUUUUGGCAGACAACCAGCCUAGCAAACAGACAUUGAAGCGUCAAGGAUUCCACAUCUUGCCCUUGACAAAGUAUGCACUUUUCUUUACACCAAGCCUCCAGCCCACAAGAUAGCACACUGCAACCUUUCGCUCCCAGAACUGUGCACUUCAGGGUUAGUUAACAUCAUGGCCAGAUUUAGUAGCCUGCUCUGGACAUAUUUAAAAUUAAAUUGAAAUACAUAGCAAAGCAGCUAUUGCGGCUACUUUUCAUAUCAAUAAGAAUUAAGGUUAAAGUUAGUCCUGAUGGAUAUUCAGUUAGUCUAAAACACAUUUUCCCUUCUCUCUCUUUUAAGUCAAUCUUUUUAAGUUAAUCUUUUAAAAUUAAGUCUCUUUUUAGUCUCUUUGAGACAAUCCGACUCAUAUUCUGUACCACAGAAUGUCAGUCAGAGACCAACACUUUGGACACAAAUAUAUCUUGUUUAGAUGCUAUCGCCAUCUAAGCAUACCUACAGAGGCACCUUUAGGCAGGGCUCGUCAUAUUUAUCUGUCCCACAGGUGCCCAGUUUCACCAAACACAUACAAUGCAUUUGAGACAGACAUAUAUCAGUGACACAGAGGCUGGUUGAGUUGCCUGUCGCCCCCUGCCCAAUACUGCAGAUAUUAUUAUUUACUAAAGCACCACAUCCAUUUAAUCAUUCGUUCACUUGCCUCACGUAAAGAGGGUAAAUACCUUGUAAAGCAUUGUAACAUUACUAGGGAUCUUUCAUUCGGAGAAUCAGCCGAUUAUUCUGUAUCAUCUGAAUUACAUCCCACUGGGCCUGCGGCUGCAACCCAAGAAACAAUUUUGUGGAGUGAACCAUUCAGUAUAACAUAUAUAUAACACCACCAUCCCUUGCUCCCCAAAGCAAAGCCCCCCUUAGACAGACCAAGCUGGAGAAGAGACACACAGUAGGUGGGUGUUCAGCUUUGGUUUCUCAUUCCUAAUCUGCUUUUAUCAACAGGAAGACCACAACAGAGUAGCUGAAAGCAUGGUGGAGCAUCAGUAGCUCAUAAAAGACCAUGUUUUUGGUCUAUCGCGAGCACUGAGCUGUUACACCUUCUUGCACCUGUGUUAAAUACGGUAAAUCCCUAAUUUCAGGCUGUGUACACACACCUACAUUUAAAGUAUAUUCACACAUACCAAGAAUCCUGGGAACUGUAGUUUACCCAUUGCAAAUUUUGCUCAAUAUAUUGUUGUGCAUAGCAUACAACUUUUGAGCAGAAUAAUAAAAUACAAAGUUGAUUGGAAAACAGAAGAAUGCAUAGCUUUGCAAACUGCUAUGCCUAAACAAAAAUUGCCAAAUAUGUUUUGUCCGGUUCUUCAUCAGUGGCAAAUACUGAUAAAUUAAUGUAGAGUACACAUAACUUUAAACCAUAGUUAUGGUUCCUAAGACUGGAAGCAGACCUGAGUAACAGCUUUCAGAGAUAAGGAAGCUUCUCUUGGCUUCUUUCAAAAUCAAUUGCAUUAAGAGAAGGAUGAGUUCAGGAGUCACAACUGGGAAGCGUUAACCCCCCCCACACACACACAUUAGCUGCAACCUAUUGAAAAUUUACUCUAUGCUACUAGGCUUCAAAAAAGUGUCUAUUGGUUGCAGUAGAAGGUGAGAGGAUUUUACGAUCCUGUGCCAGGGUUUGGAAGUUGUGUUUCAAACCUAAGUGCAGGUUGUGGGUCAAAUUCUGGUUCAUUUAAAAAUCUUGGACUUAGGGGUACAGCCUGGAGCAGGAGUUCAUUUCUACAGAUAAAUGUAGUGAGUGUUUCACCGAACAACACUUACAUACAGGUGUCUUUUAUUAUUUUUAUGUUUCAUUAAAUUGAAAAUUAUUAUUAUUACUUACUGAAUUUGUUAGUCACUUUCUCGUACGCAGGGCAACCCAAAGCAACUUACAAAGAAAAGAACAAGAGUGAGAACUGGUGCUUUUAUGAAAAAUUAUACUGCAUUUUUUCCCAUUCUCUAUUAGUGAUAAAACAAAUUGCAUUCAAAAAUUGCAAAAAAAGAGAAAAAAGUCAGAGAAAUCCUCGUGGGUUGGAUACAUUGUUUUUCUCUCCAAUUGUUGUUUCCAUUUAGUUUACUCUCUGUAGACCUAUCCUAAUAAAUAUAAGAAUUCUCUCAUUAUUCACCUUUACCACAUUUUAAAAUUUAUCCCUCCAGAAAUUGGAAGAUCAAUAAAGAUAUCUAGUUUAAUUAUGCUUCACAUGGAAACUAGAACGUAAGAGCCUGCUGGAUCGGGUCAAUCAAGUCCAGCAUCCUGUUCUCAUCAUGGCCAACCAGAUUAUUUAUAUACAUUUACCAAACAAAAUAUCUAAGAUAAUUCAUUCUAUGUUGAUAUGUAAGUACAAGUCCAUCCAAUUCAUUCAAAGAUACUUCCUCACAAAAUAUCUUAGAUACAUCCUACAGACAUAAGAACGAAUUAUUUCUCCAAGACAAAAAGACAGCCCAACAUUGCAAUUUGCUGGUCAUUUCGCAAUUGUUGGGUGUAGCCCCAAUAUUCUUCAAACCUGGUACAAGUACAGUUUUUUUUCCUGGCUAGCCCGAAGUUGAUUUAUUUAAAAUUUGACAUAUUCUUAGAGUGUCAGUAUCAGAUUUGCUUUCCAAUACGUUAUGGAAACAAUUCUAGCUGCCAAUUCUAGCUGAUGGAAGAGAAAUGUAUCUUUAUCAGAGAAGCAAGUUGUUGGAGGUUUUGCCGCCAUGGAGGGAAAACCAGCUUACUUCAAUCCCAGUCCCUACCAAAACCCUUCCCAAUGGUUCACUAAUUAUAAUUGACAACAGACCUAUUUAAAUAAUCUCUGUAGUUCUGUUAGACUUGUUACAGAAUGAUUAAACCAAUGACUGAACCCUCUUCGGAGUCCAACCUUCAUGCCAACGCACAAGCACGCUAAUAGUCAAGAUCCGUUUUACGGAUCAUUUGAACAGCAUGACAGGGACUGUCAGAAAAUCAUAUAUUGCUCAGGUGAUCAUUAACUGUUUACAGUGGACCCUCUGGUUACGAAUUUAAUUUGUUUCGGUGGUCCGUGCAGACCCCAAAGAAUCCGUAACCAGAGGCGCCGCUUCUGCGGACGCAGAAAGCACAAUAGAGCAUAUACACCCAGCGUGCAGAGUGCUUCUGCGCAUGCGGCAAAAACUGGAAGAAUACACUUCCGAGUUUGCCGCUUUCGCAACCCGAAGAUUACAUAUUCAGAGCGCUAUGUAACUGAAGGGUCUACUGUAGUUUAAGUUGCCAUUCUUCUUUAGCUGGGACUUUGCUUGCUUUCCAAAUCCUCCAUUAUUUCCUUCAACUCAUCCUGGUGAAAGAAGCAGCAGCUAGCACUUCUCUCCCAAUCUUUUGAAGCAAACCCACCUCGUUCUUAUCCAGGAACACAGCCAAUUCUUCUGCAUCCGUGGGAUCCAAUCCCACAAGGCCUGUGGCUACAAUCGCAAGGAACGAUUAUGUUAAUGGUUCACUCACUCUAGUAUAAAUUCCCCCUCCUAAUCAUAGCAGUCCCUAAAGUUACCAAGCUGGAAAGAGGAUUCCAAUUGAAAAGGUCUGUAUUGCUGUUUUGGACAGCAGGUGAGCGGUAAUAAAGAGCUUCUUGCCUGUAGUUCACAAGAGAAGGUUUUUGUUUAUCAGAAUUGAGCUGGAAGGAAGGCGAGGGUUACAGUUACAGUUAGAAGCUCAGGGGGGGGUUUGCCAUCUGACACUGGGGUGUAGACAUAGGGGUUAAAUAAGUAAUAAUAAAAAUAAUUUUAUUAUUUGUACCCUGCCCAUCUGACUGGGUUGCCCAAGCCACUUCAAUGACAAAAGACUUCUCAGUUUGGGGAUUCUGGUGAGCAGCAAAGAACUGAUCUCUCUCCCAGGUGCUCAUCACAGGCAUUGUUUCUGCUGGUACCAGCCCAUCGGCUUUCACCUCCCAAGCUAUGUUGAUCCUAUCCUGUGCGUCCAAGUUGCAGUUGCUGGAGACGCUGCUGAAGAGAAACCUCCCUCAAACAGUUGUGGUAAUCUUGAGCUUUGUAAUCUGGUUUAAGAGCUAGGAAUGGGGGCAGGUUCCUGUCAACAUCUCUUGAUCUUUCCAAAACUCCACAUUUCGAAUCUGAGAACAUCAUUAUAUGUUACAUUUUUAGGUGCAUGCCUUAAGUUUUUACGUUCAACAAGCAGGUGCAUGAAAAUGUAUGUAUCAUGUUGAUAUGCUCAGCAGAGAGCUAUGAUUCGUGAGAAAUAUGUGUAAUAUGUGACAUGGCCUUGUGGGCUCCUAGAUUUUGUUAAUCAACUGGUAAACAGGAAGUCCUCAGUCAAGGUAAUACCAUUCAAGGGCUAGUCACUAACAGUGGGGAUUCAUGCAGCAGAUCAAAAUCUGAAUUAGGGGCCAUACCACCGAUUCUCUCCUCAAAUGUUUGUCUUAGGCUGCCUCUUUCAUCUGUAACAUCAAGGGAAAUUAACAGAUUCUCCUGUCCCUUGUGCUCACUCAGAUCAGGACACCCCACUCAAGGCAUGCAGCAGAUACAAGCCUGACACACCACACCACUUUUUCUCUCCCAGACCCCACACAUUUCUCCCAGGCUGCCUCCUUCAACUGCAGUACCAACUCUGAUAUCCAAUGACUUUUGACAGGUCUAUGGUGCAGUCAUGAAUAUAAACCGUGGGAACCCAGUGGACCAUGAGGUGAUUGUGGAUUCUUGGCCAGAUUGCAAAGCGGUCCUGACUCGUCCACGGACAGAGGUAGUGGCCUUUGGGGAUUUUGUGGGAGGGGCUUUGUGGGAUGUCAGCAGGAAAUGCUACGUGUUCUGUGCUGGGACUUCCUCUAAGCCAGGCUCAAACCAAAGGGGAUGUUGGCUUUUGUUUAGGAGGGCACAUUUGGCAUUAGAGCAGGGGUCAUUCCACAUCAAAUCAACGCAAAAAAACAAGGGUUUCAUCACCCACUGUCCUGGAUUUUGAUGAAACUUGAUGUACACCCUUCCCUUACGGUUGAAAGAAACCCCAUUAAAUUUUCCCCCUCUAUCUCAAACAGUUUUAAUUUUAUAGCACUUCAAAGUUUUGUGAAAUCUGCGCUGUCUGACCCUCUUGAGACCCUCGGCACAUGUACAUUUUAUUUUUUCUCCAUAACCAAUGAUCAGAUCAGUUUUUCUAGUGUUUAAGUGGUUUUGAUCAAGUGUGUUUGAUCUGUGCAAAUCCAUUGUGAAAAUUCAAUGGGAUUACUUCCCGAUAGCCAAUUUUCAUAAUUUCAUAUUCAAAUAUCCCCAAAUUAAAACAAGUAUGCACUUUACUUCUGGGGGGAAACUUAUAAUAACCAAUAUCAUGUUAAUUUUUACAAUGAACACCUUUCUUUCAUUAUUUUUUUCUAUUACAGCUAUGGAUUGUAGGAACGUUGUACCCAGUAGCCAUUUCCACCUCCCACGAUGUCCAAAAAACGUAAAAUCUGAAUUUUCAUUACAAGGAAUAAAAAACCCAUUAAUUUCAUUCUUUGUUGAGAAAGAGCAUGUCUUUGCAAUAAUUUUCAACAUCACAAACUUUGAGUUCCAUCAUGGCCACACCAGGUUUUCUUAACCUGGUUUUUCCAGCAAAAAAAAUACAUAGAAUACAUAGAUAGACAGAUAGAUAUAUUGGCAUUGAUAAAAUCUUUUGAGUGCUGGUGUGUUUUUUCCUGAAAUCAUCAUCCUCUUAUUGAGCUCUGUGUAAGAUUUCAUAGAGAUCUGAUCAUUGGUUAUGGAGAAAAAAAAUUAAGUGUAUAUGUCCCGGGGUCUCAAGAGGGACAGACAAUGCAGAUUUCAUGAAAGUUUGAAGUGCUAUAAAAUCAAAACCGUUUGAGAUAGAGGGGGAAAAUUUAAGGGGGUUUCUUUCAACCAUAAGGGAAGGGUGUACACCAAGUUUCAUCAAAGUCCAAGACAGUGGGUGACAUGACUGCAUUGACAUGACGUGGAAUGACCCACAGGUGAAAGUUCACUCAUCAUUUCAUCUCAACAUCAGGAAAAGCUUUAUCUGAUAAAGUGUCAGGAGGCAGUUAAAAGCGCAGGAAUUUUACCAGAAUAAAGUUGGUAACCUGAGAAGAACUGGUUAGAGAAGGAGAUGGCAGGGAGCCUAUCCUAAUGAGUUUCAUCUCUCUCUCUUUUAGGCCGAUACACACAAUACAGAUUUGUAUAAAAACAUAUAUGCAGCCUUUUACUGGGAUCUUGAUGUGUACCGGAGACUGUUGCUGGACACAGAUGCUGUCAACUGGAAGCAAACCUUUCGUCUCUAUGGUAAAAGGCAGUUCUUUCUAAGGGAAAAGUUAUGAGAUGACAGAGUCCCCCCCCCUUUUAAAUGACAUUACUGUAAUUAAUGUAAACUGUGGUGGCUGGUUCUCAUUGGAACUGGUAGGGCAGAAGGCAGGGAGACCAACAUAGGUGGAUCCAGAACCCAUAAUAGGCAGCAUUUGCCUUCUACAAGAGGCAAAACUGAGACUGAGGAGGAGGAAGCUGAUAGAAGUGCCCCCCCCCCACAGAUUGGAUGAAAAUAAAAAGCAGGUGGGAGGAGCUGGCUGUGGGCAGAUAGCGCUUGAUGAAGCAGGCCCCAUUCACCCUGAAAGACCAGCCUCCACUGAAUAUAAAAUGCCGGACCAGCACAGCCAUCAGGCGGAGUGAGGCAGUGGAUGCCCGAAGGUGGUACCCUCGCUUGCCCCAGUGCUGAUUUCCAGUGAGAUGUUGUCAAAACUGCACGAAAUCUUGUGGAGUGAGAUCUCACCCCCACCAGCAUGCUCUCACCCAAAUUCAGUACCAAUACCUGUGCCUCUUCUUUGCCAGUGCACGGUGGUGGCAGUGGCAAAGUGACACUUCCGGUUUCACAUCAGAUGGCAAAACGAGAUGUGAUGCCCCUGAUAAAGUGUCUCACACACUUAAGUGCUGUUGAGAAAUGAAGUCAAAAAGCGGAAGCCCAUUGAGAAGGAGGGAGGGACUCAAAAGGAACGUGAAGAGGAUAGAGAAAGUAGUGGUUAAAGAUUUGGGAAGAGGGAGGCAUUUUCACCUGCUACUUCAACAUUUGCAAGGAAAGAUCAAUGUGACUAUUGGGAGGCCAUAAUGGUUUCCGGAGGAAAUGUGGAGCAAGAGAGAGAAAAGCUGGAACUGUGAAAUCAAGGAGUACGUGGAGUUUUAGCCAGGAAGUGAAGAAUAUCAGUGAGUGGAAAUGAGAGGAAGGCAAAGGAAGAAAAGAGAAAGAGCUAAAGAGUGAAAAUACUUUAUGUGAUCACUUCAAAGAGAUCCUUUAACGAAAAGAAAGUCACUGGAGUGUAACCAAAAGGAAAUUUAGGUAAACCAAAACAUGGGAGGAAACCACACAGGCAGCUGAAUUAAGAAUAGAAGUCUGGGUGAACAGGACAACAGGCAAAAUAGAAAGAAGAGAACUGCAAUAGUCAAGCAUAGAAAAAAUAAGAUAAUACACUUGGGAUAGCUCAGUCGGUAGAGCAUGAAACUCUUAAUCUCAGGGUUACAAAUUCAAAGCUCCAUGUUGGGCAAAAGAUCCCUGCAUUGCAGGCAGUUGGACUAGAUUACCUAUGUGGUCCCUUCUAACUGUCUUUUCGGACCUUGGCUGUGAAUUUUUAAAUGGCAAAUAAAACGUAGCUAAGCAGUGUGGUAACAUUUGAAUAUAUUUUUAUUUGAUUUCUAGGGCUAUACCCUGGAUUAGACUGAAGCCAACCCAAUCCACAAUUAUCAUGUGCUCAUUAUGGCUAUUCCAAUCCCUUUUCAUCAUAUCUAUCCCACAUACAGACUGUGGGAUGGGGAAAUGGUCAGUAUUCAGGACUGCAGUUCAGGACUGCAGAGGCAGAGAGGGUGUAACUACACCUUAGGCCCAAACUAGGCAUGAGUGACAUUCACACAAAUCAGCAAUGGCAUCACAUGGCAACACGAGAAUGGGCCUUCUUUGUAGUGGCUCCCUGUCUAUGGAAUUCUCUCCCCAGGGAAGUUCGCCUGGCACCAUCACUUUAGGCACAAGGCAAAAACGUUCCUUUUUAACCAGGGCUUUAGUUGAUCUUAUUGACAUCCAACACCCUUUUAGAAUGUGUCUUUUUUUUUGGGGGGGGGGGUUACUGGGUUACUGCUUUUGGUUUGAUUUUAUAUGUUGUGGUCUUGUUGUGAACUGCCCUGAGACCUCCGUUUACAGGGUGGUGUAUAAGUUGAAUAAUAAUAAUAAUAAUAAUAAUAAUAAUAAUUCUAUGAAGGGCUUUUAAAAUGUCAAUAUCAGGUGUCAAAUUGGAAGAUGGGUAGUGUCAGGGGACUGACAUCGGAAAGGGGGAGGGAGGCAGGGGGAUACAGGGAGCCUCCGGCGCUUCUAAGAAGCAGCUCCUCGUCUGGCAGUGGAGAAAGCCACACCUCCAGGGAAGCAGGGGGAAGGGAAGGCUCAAAGAUGCUACGGGGAGCCCAAGCGCCUCACCUAGCCCGGCCGGCCGGGAGGCAAACACGCCGUUUCCAUCACCCUGCUUGCGCAGAGGGGUGAAACGUAAGGAGGAGAGGCGGAGAUUUGGGGUGUCUAAGUUCCUAUGCUGGUGGAGAAACCGGAAGGGGGCGCUCCAGGAAUCUGCAAGUGACUAAGACGGACAUGAACUUUGGAGUUGUGCACUGUAAAUAGUUUGCACCAAUAAAACCUGAAAAAGAAAGGUCGGAGUCUUGCCUGGCUACUCAUGAGCAUCCACCUGCACAUCUGACAGGUAGGGGGCUUUAACAUUUUGCCCCCUACUGUGGUCCUGAUGCACUGAACAACUUCUUGCCCUAUCCUCAAAACACACACACAAUAUCUUUCUCUUCAUUGUUGAAUAUUUUACUAUUUUACAGGGAACCAGAAUGGGAUCUAUGACGUCUCUAAAGAUGCUGCUGCCACCAAGAAAAUUCAUCUGACUGCAACUCCCCACUUCACCUACCUGAACCCUAACCCAGAUAAAAUGCCUCAGCGCCAGUAAGUGUCCACCUUGCUCCCCCCUUUCUUCCUUUCUGCUUGAGGCACUGGUUAACCUGUGGUGCUUCCAGUUGGAGAAUCUCCAUAGCCAAAAUACUAUGGUCAAACCUUGCAUUCACUCUUUCCAAGUCUGCCUUCUCCUGGCUGGCACAGCAAAGCACCAAAGGUGGCACUACAAGUUUCCUAAAGAUGUUUUGUCUAUUAAUGGCUAUGUUGACACCAUAAAGCAGCCCAUGUGUGCAAAAGCAAACUGGUUUCCUGCUUGCAACUUACUCAGGUUGCUGGCCAGUGUUACCAUGUAUUGGACUAGAUGAACCUUUGAUCUGAGCCAAAAAGGUGGUUCCUGGGUUCUCCCAACAUCUCUGUCUAUAUUGUUCUUGCCUGUCUUUUCUUCCAGGCUAGAUCCCAGCUUCACAAUUUCCACCUUGAAAAGCUCCCAUGUUGACAUCCUAAAUGAAACAUGGCCCUAUGGGGGCAAUGAACAAAGCCGACGGUUUCUGGACAACAUGGUGAAGUGCUUCCCCAAUAUCUGCAUCCUGGACAGCAAUGGUCAUCCUAUCAGCUGGGGCAUCACAGAUCCUCUUGGUGCACAAAUACAUGGCUACACCCUUCCAUCCCACCGCCGAAGGGGCUACUCAGCUAUAGUGACGAGGGCACUGUCCAUGAAAAGCCAUGUGGCAGGGUACCCUGUAUAUGGCCAUACUGCCACGAAUAAUGUCCAAACGCAGAAUUUGCUGAAAUAUAUGGGCUCCCAGAGAUUAUCUGAAUUGUGUCACAUCUGCUUACAUUCUUCAACUUAG